AUGGAUUUCGAUGAAGCUGUUACUUUCUUGGCUCGAAAACUACCCGAAUCCCCAUCUGUCUUCAUUAUCUACACAAAUGCACUAGGCAAUUUUCCCGUCGCCCUAGAAUCGUUGGUCAAGUUCUCCUGCGAUGAGAUACCCCAUUUUCCUUCCAAGAAGGAAGGCCAGGUCCCGAUCCACCUUCUCUGUGGAAAGGUGUUAGGUGUCCAGGUCAUGGUGUUACAGGGGAGGUACCAUCAUUAUGAAGGCUACACCCCAGAAGAAAUAAUGUUCCCAGUCAAAGUGGCUAAAUGUUUGGGCUGCAAAAGGAUGUUGGCUACCAACGCAGCUGGUACUUUGAGCAACAGAUUCGAACUGGGAGACGUGAUGCUUAUGAAGAGUCACGUCGACCUAUCUGGGUUGACAGAUAAACUUGAAAAGUUUCUUAUUUAUGGAAAGAGAGAACUGGAGAGAAAUGCUAAGAUGUACAACGAUGGUUUUUUGAGAAUGGCCAGGAAACUUGCUACAGAAGAAGGCAUGGACAAAUACGUGAAAACCGGUGUAUACGGACUUAUUGGGGACUGGAUUCCCAACAACUACUCGGAGAUCUGUAACUGGAAAAAGCUAGGAAUCGAUGCAGUAGGUACUUCUUUAACCCCAGAAGUUCUGACAGCUUUGGAGUUAGGAAUGGAGGUCUUCUGCUUUUCUAUACUCACUGACAAGGGUAUACUGGAUUAUAAUCAAUAUCCCGAUCCCUUACUGGAAGACAUCUCCAAAGCUGUCGACCCAAAGAAAGCCUUUGUCAAGAAACUUCUACUCAGGUUCAUCAAUACUCCAUAA